AUGCAUGGGGAUGACAUGUCUGGAAAUGCUUAUAACAUUGCUAUCUUCACUAAAAAUGGUAAAAAGACGGAAGGGCCAUUUGUUCCAGCAUUUUCAAAGCGUAGCGAAUUGGACGGAAAAUAUAUUUUUGAACCUGGAACUACGUUUGAAUUUUUUAUUUUUUAAAGGGCCGGCUCCAAAAGGGGUCGAGUCAUAUAUCAUUCGAUUCGGCUUACAGUGAGCUGUCGAAUGGUACAACUCAUAGGUGAGGGAAUGGCUUGAAGUUUUGAAUAGAUUGAAGGAGAUUUGAGGGGGUUAGGUAUGGAUAAGGGGAUUAAGAGGACAGGAAUACUGGAGGACCUGAGGGAGUAACAAGGGAUACUGGGGAUUGAGUGGAUUUUAGGGAAUUUGUUGAUUAAGUAGUGUUAAGGGGAUUAAGAGGAAUGAGGGAUACAAGAGUAUUUGUGAGAGCUUAUAGAUGUAUAAUUGAUACAAAACGGAUUUGAGGGAUUAAGUAGGGAUAAUGGGGAUUAAGUUGAUUUGUUGAUUAAGUAGUGUUAAGGGGAUUAAGAGGGAUGAGGGAUACAAAAGAGGAUUUGGAGAGAUUAGGAGUGUAUAAUGGAGAUUAAGUGGAUUAAGUAAGGAUAAUG